AUGAGCGAUUCCACAGACGAACCCAGUCAACCGUCGUCGAGUGAAAACCAUCCUCGGAAAAUCAAACGGUGCCCGGCCGACUUCAUAUUUGGGAAGCAGAUCGGCGAAGGCAGUUUCAGCGUCGUUUACCUUGCCAAAGAUAUCCACACCCACAAGGAAUGGGCAGUGAAAGUUUGCGAAAAGCGGCAGAUCAUCCGCGAACGGAAGCAAGAAUACGUGAAACGCGAACGGGAAGCCCUCAACCGGAUGAGCGGAGUACCGGGAUUUCUGAAGCUGUUCUGUACUUUUCAGGAUCCUACGAAGUUGUUCUUUGUAGUGACGUACGCCAAAAACGGGACAUUGUUGGGUCUGAUGGAAACAAAGCAAAAGCUGGAUUUGGCUUCGGUUAGGUUCUACGCUGCUCAAAUUGUGCUAGCAAUUGAAGAAAUGCAUGCAAAGAAUAUCAUUCACCGAGACCUAAAACCGGAAAAUAUCCUAUUAGAUGACGAAUUCCACGUUAUGAUAGCAGAUUUCGGAUCGUCGAGAAUUGGUGAUGCGCAGGUGCCCCAAGCGGAUCCCGAUGGACAAACUGGGCGACCACGUAGUGGAAGCUUCGUGGGAACGGCGCAAUACGUAUCUCCGGAAAUCCUGCGUGGAAGAGGUUCCAGCGAAGCAUCGGAUUUGUGGUCGUUUGCAUGUAUUCUGUAUCAGAUGAUAGCCGGCUUUCCGCCAUUUCAAGGGGCGAAUGACUAUUUGAUAUUCCAGAAAAUCAACAAUUUGGAGCUAACAUUUCCGGAGAAUUUUAGCCCGGAUGCCGAGGAUUUGGUUCGGAAGUUGUUGGUACAGCAACCGCGAGAAAGAUUAGGCAUGAAAGAUCAGACGCGAUACGAGAGCAUACGGAAGCAUCACUUUUUCGAGGAUGUAAAUUUCUCCACGAUCCGUUCGACUAGCGCUCCCGUUUCGUUGGCACAUUCAGCGGCGGCAGAUGACAGGAGUUUUUCGGCGGAUGUCAAACCAGGCUUGGAUGCCGAGCAAAUAGCCAGACUGCUAGGGCAAGAUUGGUUUGGAAUGGGAGCUACAGCAGGAAGCAGUUCGAAAUUUCCCUAA